UUCCUGAACGACUUUAUACACUAUGCUGUCAAUGCAUGUUUGUUCCCGCUAUGUGCGGCACAUGGCCUGGCUAUCACAACUGUGGAAGGAGUUGGAAACCCUGCCACUGGGUUGCACGCCGUUCAGCAACGUUUGGUGGAAUCUCAUGGACUACAGUGCGGUUUCUGCACUCCUGGUUUUAUAAUGUCAGCGUUUGCCUUGCUGCGAAACAAUCCAAAUCCGACAUGUGACCAAGUUGAACGCGCCAUUGAAGGAAACCUUUGUCGAUGCACAGGAUACCGGCCUAUUCUAGACGCACUUCUAACAUUUACCGAGGAAGGAUGUCCAAUGGGUAAGGCAUGCUGUAAAAAUACAGGCUCAGUAGAUACUAACCAAGACAAAAGUAAAAAGCAACUGGUCACUGAUGACAAUGAUAAACAGGUUGCAAUAUUUCCGCCUGAACUUCAGUUACGUGAACAAUAUUUCGACAAAGAGGAACAGUUCACGAAUGGGGGAUACACAUGGUACCGGCCAGUUAACUUGCAACAGCUUUUGGACCUCAAAGAAAAAUAUCCACGGUCUCCAAUUAUCAUGGGCAACACAACAACAGCACGUUACGUGGCGAAUGGCGCGUUUGACGAUGAAAAUGUUCUUCUUUAUGGAGGUGAUGUUGCCGAUAUGAAAAGCGUUGCCAAAACAUAUGAUGGCAUUAUAGUAGGCGGGGCCUGCACUAUAUCGGAACUUGCUGAGCAUCUCCAGAAUGCAAUGAAAAACCUCAAAGAUGAACAGAGCAGGCACGUACCAGUUAUUCUGGAAAUGAUAUCUAGAUAUGGAUCUGAACAAAUCAGAAAUGUUGCGACUCUCGCUGGUAGUUUGAUGUGUGGGCGUAAAGAUUCUGAUAUCAAGACUUUGUUUAAGGCAAUUGGCGCCAGAGUACGUAUUGUAUCUUUAAAACGGUCAAGGGUUGUGCCUUUGAACGAUCUCAGUAUACAGGAUGGUGAAGUCAUUACUGGAAUCCACAUACCAUUGGCUUCAAAGGAUGAAAUUAGUGCUUUCUACAAGCAGUCGGAAAGGAGAUCUUUCUCCCUGGCAAUUGUCAAUGCUGGGAUGUUUGUAAAGAUGGGUCCAAAGAAUGAUACGAUCGAAACUCUAAGGUUAUGCUAUGGUGGCAUUUUCAAACAAGAACAGGUUAUUGACAAAGUAACUUCAGUUGCAGCUGGAAGAAAAUUUGAUGACAGUUUACUUCAUGAUAUUCUGGCUGUGAUAAGCGAGAACCUUAGCAUUGACAACGGUCGUACUGUAGAUACAUACAAGGUUUCGGUGGCAUCAGCCUUAUGGUUUAAAUUUUUCAACUUAGUACAAGCUAAAUUACAGCUGCACGAACAAGACUAUAGUCUAAGCCGUCCAGUUUCUCUACCACCCUACAGUAGCACUCAGGUGUUCGACCCGUGCACUGGUGAAGAUCAAGCAGAAAGCGAUGCUUUAGGGAGAACUGUACCUAAUGUCCAUUCGGAAGCUGCCGUGUCAGGGGAAGCCAUCUAUGUUGAUGACCUACCAGUGCAUCAAAAUGAGCUAUUUGCCGCCCUUGUCCUAAGUAAAGUAGCACAUGCGAGGAUUACAACGGUUGACACAACACAAGCCUUGAAGCUUGAAGGUGUUCAUGGAUAUAUUGAUCACACAGACAUCCCUGGAAGGAACAAGUUUGGUAUUUUACUACCAGAUCAUGAGGUUUUCAGUUCAGGAGAAAUUUUAGCAUUUGGUCAGCCAAUCGGAGCAAUCAUUGCCGACACCAGAGAAGUUGCACAACGAGCUGUGUCCUUGGUGAAUGUUCUGUACGAGGAGAUGAAGCCUAUACUAACAAUAGAGGAUGCUAUAGAGAACAAUUCUUUUUAUGGCGAACCACAAGUACUGGUAGAUGGAGACGUAGAAAAAGGGUUCACCGAGUCUGACAUUGUAAUUUCAGGCGAAUAUCAAACUGGAUUACAGGAGCAUUUGUACCUUGAGCCAAUCGCCGCACUGGUCAUACCAAAAGAAAACCAGGAAAUGGACGUCGAUGUAACAACUCAAAACCUUAAAGGAUUGCAAGCCGAUAUAGCUGAACUUUUGAAUGUUGCUCAUCAUAAAAUAACAUGCAGAGUAAAGCGCCUUGGUGGUGCUUUCGGAGGUAAAGAGGCCCAAGUUAUGAUGGCAGCAGGUGCGGCAGCUGUUGGUGCGCAUAAAAUGAAACGACCUGUCCGUUGUGUCUUACCUAGGGCGACAAACAUGAUGGUUACUGGGAAAAGACACCCAUUCCUAGGGAAGUAUAAGGUUGGUUUCAGCAAAGAAGGGAUCAUCAAUGCAUUAGAUAUCAAGUUUUACAGCAAUGCUGGGUAUAGUUUAGAUGUUUCUAGCCUGGUUAUGGACGUGGCAAUAAAGUCUAUUGAAUCAGGCUAUAGAGUUAGAAAUAUUAAAAUAGAAGGAUAUUUGUGCAAAACUAAUUGUCCAUCAAACACAGCAUUUAGGGGCUUUGGUCAUCCGCAAGCUGUCGCCAUCAUGGAAGAUGUCGUAUUCAAAAUUGCAAAUAAGCUAAACAUAAGUUCAGAAAAGGUUCGCGAAAUGAGCCUAUGUCAAGAGGGAAACGUUACACCAUAUGGAAUGAAACUUGUGAAAUGCACUAUACCUGAGCUAUGGGAUAAAUGUAAAUCUGAUAGUGCUUAUGAAAAUCGACUUAAAGACAUUGAGCAGUUCAACAAGAACAAUAAAUGGAAGAAAAGAGGCAUUGCAAUGACGGCUUCUAAAUAUGGAAUUGGCUUGUCUUUUAUGAACCAGGUAAGAUAUAUAAGAUAUCCUUGUAAUAAUCAAACUCAUAAGGGCAAUUAGAAUAAUAUCAAAUAU